AGAGCCCCGGGAUUGAGGUGGAGGAUGGGGGCUCCUCUAAUCUGUCAUUCCUGUGCACCACCCCUGAUCACACACAGUCCGCCCACUUGUCGUCUCUCCCGAUGCCCAGGACCUUCUGUUAAGUUUACAAAGCUUUAGGGACACCACUCCCGAGAAUGACAGACCCUGAGCACUGACUCAUCGCUAUAGGUUAUAGAUGCGGUAACAGGUAUCCGGGUGAUAGAACUUGCAAAGUCACGCUGUCCCUUCACCUCUGGUCGGCUCAGCCGCGCUGUCCACCUGGCCACAUUGUUUCCGCCUUAGGUGCCAAGAAACCAUGUUGAGCACAGUUAAAGUGGAUUUGUUCAGAGUCCACCACAGAGAAAGUCAAGACAUGGUUUUUGCUCACUAGAAGUUACCAUUCAAAUGUAUCAGCAUACUUAGAAGCUUCCUUUUCCCUGCUGCUCUUUUCUGGGGGUGCAGAGACCUCCUUGCCCUCAAAAAGUUCAGGGUCAAGUGGGGCAGGUAGGUGUGUUGCAGGCUGUUACCUUGGAGAAGUCUGCAAACCCAGUGAGGGGGAACCAAUGACAGCCUACUUGGGAACCGAGAAGCAGGAGGUGAAAAAGAGCAGUUAGCCCAAGUACUGACGAACAUGAUGACCGGUUUGGUUCUGUGUGAACCAACAGAGCUUUACAACAUCUUGAAUCAGGUCACAAAACUACCCAGAUUAACUGAACCCAACUACCUCUGUUUAUUGGAUGUGCGGUCCAGGCGGGAGUAUGAUGAAAGCCACGUGAUUACAGCCCUCCUCGUGAAGAAGAGCGCAGGCAAAUAUCUAAUCCCGGAGUCUGUGGAUCUGGAGUGUGUGGAAUACUGUGUGGUAUACGAUAACAGCACCAUCUCCCUGGAGCUAAUGCUGAAAGACAAAAGCAGUGACGAUGACAGCGCUGACGAUGGCAAGCACAGAAUAGUGCUUGGAGCGGCUGUGGAGUGUGGCAGAACCCUCACCCACCUUACCCGCCACCCCAUCCUUAUCCUGAGAGGAGGCUAUGAGCACUUCUCGGCCAUGUAUCACUUCUUCCGGACACAGAAGAGCAUCUGGAUGCCUCAGGAACUGGAUGCCUUCCAGCCAUACCCUAUUGAGAUAAUGCCAGGCAGGAUCUACCUGGGAAAUUUCAAGCAAGCCUGCGACCCUAAAAUUCAGAAGGAUUUGAAAAUCAAUGCACAUGUCAACAUCUCCAUGGAGACAGGGCCAUUUUUUGUAGGUGACGCCGACAGGCUUCUGCACAUCCAGAUAGAAGAUUCCCUGGAAGCAAGCAUUACACCCUUUUUACGCCUCCUCUGUCACUUCAUUGACAUACACCUGGAGCUCAACUCCGUCAUCCUGGUCUUUUCCACCUUGGGCAUCAGCCGCAGCUGUGCGGCCAUCCUGGCCUACCUUAUGCAUCGGAACGGGCAGACCCUGAAGAGGUCCUGGGCCUACCUCAAGAAGUGUAAAAACAACAUGCGCCCAAAUCGGGCUUUGGUGGCUCAACUGUCAGAGUGGGAGAAGGUUGUCCUCGGAGACAUCGUCACGGACAUCCAGAAUCCACCCUACUGAUUCUGUGGUCCAGCUAUGGGGCCAGAAGAACCUGACUUGGGGGCUUUUUGUGGGUAGUCAGCCAGGGUGUGUAACCGAGGAAUGAGAAGGCCUUUGUUGCCUGGAGCUUUGUGUCA